UCAGUGCCGGUGCUGCCGCCGCCCCCGGUGCUCCGAGCCCCGCCGCCCCCCGUGCUCCAAGCCCCGCCACCGCCACCGCCACCGCCACCAUGGAGGCCAUCAAGAAGAAGAUGCAGAUGCUCAAACUGGACAAGGAGAACGCCAUCGACCGAGCCGAGCAGGCGGAGGCGGACAAGAAGCAGGCGGAGGACCGCUGCAAGCAGCUGGAGGAGGAACAGCAGGGCCUGCAGAAGAAGCUGAAGGGCACGGAGGAUGAGGUGGAGAAGUACUCCGAGUCCGUCAAGGAGGCCCAGGAGAAGCUGGAGCAGGCGGAGAAGAAAGCCACGGACGCUGAAGCUGAGGUGGCCUCUCUGAACCGCCGCAUCCAGCUGGUGGAGGAGGAGCUGGACCGGGCCCAGGAGCGCCUGGCCACCGCCCUGCAGAAGCUGGAGGAGGCCGAGAAGGCGGCGGAUGAGAGCGAGAGAGGCAUGAAGGUCAUCGAGAACAGGGCCAUGAAGGACGAGGAGAAGAUGGAGCUCCAGGAGAUGCAGCUGAAGGAGGCCAAGCACAUAGCAGAGGAGGCUGACCGCAAAUACGAGGAGGUCGCCCGCAAGCUGGUCGUCCUUGAGGGAGAGCUGGAGCGCUCGGAGGAGAGGGCAGAGGUUGCGGAGAGCCGAGUGAGACAGCUGGAGGAGGAGCUGCGGACCAUGGACCAGACCCUCAAAUCCCUCAUUGCCUCAGAGGAAGAGUAUUCCACCAAGGAGGACAAGUACGAGGAGGAAAUCAAGCUCCUAGGGGAAAAGCUGAAGGAGGCGGAGACCCGGGCAGAGUUUGCCGAGCGGUCUGUGGCGAAGCUGGAGAAAACCAUCGAUGAUUUGGAAGACGAAGUGUAUGCGCAGAAGAUGAAGUACAAAGCCAUCAGCGAGGAGCUGGACAAUGCGCUUAACGACAUCACCUCCCUCUGAGCCCCUCCGGCCCGGCACCAGCACCGCACUCCCCCCCCAACCCCUUCAUCCUCACCUUCAUCCCCCCCCUCCCCAGCUCGGCCGCUUGCCUGCCCGGCCCCCCCACUGCUCCCCCUGCCCUUCCCAUCCCCACUCUGUCCUUCCUGGCCCGUGGGGGUCCCUCUUUUUGGGGAAAGCAAGGCGUAAGGCGCUACAGGGUGUUUGGGGGAAAGGGGAGCAGCCCCCACGUCCCGGCAGCACGAGCACCAGGGACCCCGCACCCCCCCCAGCAAAGCCGUGCCCAGGGUGGGGGGACACGUCCCGGAGAAGCAGCACCUCCGAGGAGAUUUGGGCUCCAGCCCCAUGGGGAUGAGGGGUGUCCGUCCCCAGGCAGGCAGCCCCCGGUUCCCCCCCUUUCCCCCCCCUGCUCCCCUCUCCCCGCUCCCCUCCUUCCUUCGCACAUCGCUCUUCAGUUUGCAUUUCAUGACUUUUUUCUUUUCUGUUCUGUCCCUCCGGGUCACCGAGUUGGUCUCAAUAAAGCGUUUUCUCUCCUUGGU